UUUGCGUGUUGUCGAAAGGCGGGAUAAGCUCGAACUUGUCGUGUUGAAGAUUUAUCUGUUAUUGUUUCCUUUAAUAAGGUUUCUAAGUGUGCAAUAAUUAUAAAAUAAGGACAAAUAGCCUUCAGCAUGGCAGGGAAGGAUUAUGCCAGUGAUAAAGAAAAGGCAAGGCAGUUUCUCGUCGAAUUUGCAUCAGUUGACGAGGAUGGAAUGAAAGAUUUUAAGUACGCCCAACAAUUGACAAAAUUAGCUCACCGAGAUCAGGUUGCAAUGUUCAUAGAACUGGACGAUUUGUACGAGUUCGACUCAACAUUUAUGGAAUCAGUUAUAAUGAAUACUCGAAGAUAUGUGAACAUAUUCUCUGAAGUAGUGGAAGAAUUAUUACCGGACUACAAAGAGCAUGAGGUAACAGCCAAAGACUCAUUAGAUGUUUACAUUGAGCAUCGGCAAAUGUUAGAACAACGCUUACGACAAACAGGUGAACAACGGAAUCCACAAAACAAGUAUCCUCCUGAACUAAUGAGGAGAUUUGAAAUAUAUUUCAAGGACCUAUCUGCAACCAAGCCCACUCCAAUAAGAGAUGUAAAGGCAGAUCACAUAGGAAAACUUGUAACAGUUCGUGGAAUUGUUACAAGGAGUACGGAAGUGAAGCCAGUUAUGACAGUUGCUACUUACAGUUGUGAUCAAUGUGGUGCUGAAACUUACCAACCUGUGGCGGGAAUGAGCUUCAUGCCAGCUAGUUUGUGCCCCAGUGAUGACUGCCGUGUCAAUAAGUCUGGUGGGAGGUUGUACCUACAAACCAGAGGAUCAAAAUUUGUGAAGUUUCAGGAACUAAAGAUUCAAGAGCAGAGUGACCAAGUUCCAGUGGGCAAUAUUCCUCGCAGUUUAACUGUUUUCUGUCGAGGAGAAAUUACACGACAAGCCAUGCCUGGUGAUCAUGUCACUGUGACAGGCAUAUUCCUUCCACUCCAUCGCACAGGCUUUAAGCAAAUCGUACAAGGGUUGUUGUCGGAGACAUACUUGGAUGCACAUAGAGUUGUUUGUGUGAAUAAAGCUGAGGACAAUGAAGUACCAGAUGGUGAUCUGACUGAAGAAGAAAUUCAGCAACUGACGGAAGAGGAAUUCUAUAGCAAGUUAGCAGGAAGCAUUGCACCUGAGAUUUACGGCCACGAGGAUGUUAAGAAGGCUUUGUUAUUGCUUCUUGUUGGUGGUGUAGACCGCUGUCCAAAUGGCAUGAAGAUUAGAGGCAAUAUCAAUAUAUGCUUAAUGGGAGACCCUGGUGUCGCCAAAUCACAGCUACUAUCAUACAUAGAUCGAUUAGCUCCAAGAAGUCAGUAUACAACUGGCCGUGGAUCAUCAGGUGUUGGUCUCACUGCCUCUGUCACCAAAGACCCAUUGACUGGCGAAAUGAUGUUAGAAGGUGGAGCCCUUGUGUUGGCAGACCAGGGAAUAUGCUGUAUAGAUGAAUUUGAUAAGAUGGCUGAAUAUGAUCGUACUGCCAUUCAUGAAGUCAUGGAACAGCAGACAAUUUCUAUCGCAAAGGCUGGUAUAAUGACAAGUCUGAAUGCACGUGUGAGUAUUCUUGCUGCAGCAAAUCCAGCAUAUGGUCGUUACAAUCCUAAACGCUCUGUGGAACAAAAUAUCCAGCUACCUGCAGCCCUUUUGUCACGAUUUGACUUACUCUGGUUAAUUCAGGACAAGCCGGACAGGGAUAAUGAUCUCAGGCUGGCUCAUCACAUUGCUUAUGUUCACCAACAUUGCAAACAACCACCUAUGACAUUCAAAUCAAUGGACAUGCAGUUAAUGCGGCGUUACAUUGCAUUAUGCAAGAAAAAGAAUCCUGUUAUUCCUGAAGAACUGUCAGAUUACAUUGUUGGUUCAUACGUGGAAAUGAGAAGAGAAGCACGCAACAGCAAGGAUGUCACGUUUACAUCUGCAAGAAAUCUGUUGGCAAUUCUUCGCUUGUCAACCGCUUUGGCUCGUCUGAGACUGGCUGAUGUUGUUGUUAAGGAAGAUGUUGCUGAAGCUAUGAGGCUUAUGGAAAUGUCAAAGGAUUCUCUAAAUCACACAGAGGAGAGACUAGGGAGGGCACAAACUGUUGUUGACAGAAUAUUUUCAGUUAUUCGUGAACUUGCUGGUGACUCUAAAACGGUAAAAUUAUCUGAAAUAAGAGAGCAUUGUACUGGCAAGGGCUUCAAGCCAGACCAAAUAGAUGAAUGCAUUGAAGAGUAUGAAGAAUUAAACGUUUGGCACGUAAAUCAGGCACGAACAAAGAUAACAUUUGUGUGAAGUUGGAACUUCAUUACAAUUACAUGUUGGUAGAUAUACUUUUUAAAAUAUUCUGCAGUAAAAACUGAUAGAAUUUCAUUGCACAAUAAACAACACUGUUUUUGUUGUUAGUUUUUGUAAAUAUAUUGCUAAGCACGUGAAACUAAAUCUCUUAAUUGUGUAUGUGUGUGAAAUCUCUUAACGAUGUUUAUCACUGCUGGGAUACUAUAUUUUUAUACAGAUUUUAAUGUAUGAAGAUGAUAAAUAAAGUUGAGAGCAUA